AUGUAUAAGUGGGAAGAUGUGCGCUCCCUUUCUAAAUCCAUCCCGGCCGAACUUCGAAGGCUAAACUCUUUACACGCCCGUGCUCAGCUUGACAACAAAGGUAAUCGUGAGACCUGGCAAGCCCUCAUGCGGAUUUCUGGCAUCAAAUCCUCACACCGCUCACCUGCUGCGGCGGACAUAGGUGGUCUGAAUCAGAGUUUCAUCAACGGUGGAACCGCUCUCACUGCUCUGUCUGAUGGAUACGAAACAAACACCACUGAUACCGUCUUCAGCGUUGCACCUGUCGAUAUUUAUCAAGAGUUGGCUCAAUUAAAUCCUCACAAGUCCUGCGGCCCCGACGGAGUCUCACUCGCUGUCCUGAAAGAAUGUGCUGCCUUCCUGUACUGA